UUUGCUUCAUGAAUAAGUGUUAUUCCUUAUGGAUUAUUAAUUGCGUAUUGAUGUUCUUGAAUACUUAAUGAUAUAUAUUUAUUUUUUCUGAAAAAAAAAACAUCAAAAUAUUAAUUACAUUUAUUUAAUUACAUUUAGUUAAUUACAGUUGCAAUUAAUAAAACAAUAAUUGUUGUUUAAUUAUCGUUUUGAAAAAGAUUGAUUAUUUUUUAAACAAUCAAGAUAAUAUAGCUCGAUAGAUAUCAUAAGUAAGAAUUAUGUAAAGAAUGUCCGAUGUGCGAUUAGUGAUAAUUAUGCGUCAAUAAUAUUGUGAGAAGCAUAUAAAUAACUUUGACGUAUAUUUCUUCAGUUUAGUCUGUCACUGCAAUAAGUAAUAUCAUAACGAUUCAGACAAUAACUUCGGUGUUUGAAAACAUUCUAUUCUACAUAAAUAGAAUAUUUUUUUAUAAACACUUUAAAAUGGCAUUCAUUACGGCUUAUUGGGGUCUGGAUGGCAUAAUAGUUCUAACGACUCUUAUCAUAAUCGCCUACCUUUAUAUGACUCGUAAAUUCAAUUAUUGGAAAAAACGAAACGUUGUGGAUAUAACGCCGACGCCAUUUUUUGGCAAUUUCAUGCACUGCUUGUUUUUAAAAAAAUCUGCCGGCUAUUUCAUGAAAGAUCUUUACGAUCAAGCGAAGGGACUACCUUACAUUGGCUUCUUCAUUUUUGACAAGCCUUGCUUGAUGGUUCGCGAUCGAGAAAUCGUCAAGAAUGUUUUAGUAAAGGAUUUUAAUUAUUUUGCCGAUCGAUACGGUUCGCCUGAUCCGAAUGAUCGUUUGGGUUAUGCCAAUCUCUUCUUCCUAAAAAAUCCGGAUUGGAAGAUGUUACGAACAAAGUUGACGCCAGUCUUCACGUCCGGCAAAAUGAAGAAAAUGUAUGAAUUGAUGAUUGAAUGCGUUGCGAAUCUAGACACGUAUUUAGAAUCUUUAGAAGUGAACGGUAUAAGAAAAGAGAUAGACGCGAAAGAUAUAAGCGCCAAAUUCACCACCGACAUAAUUGGCAGCAUUGCAUAUGGACUCAAUGUAAACUCGUUAAAUAAUCCGGAUGCUGAAUUCCGAAAGUACGGUAAAAAGAUUUUCGAUUUUAAUUAUAUCCGCGGUUUCGAGAUGCUCGCGGCGUUUUUUAUCCCAAAUAUAGCCCGUUUGGUCCAUUUAAAAACAUUCGGCAAGGAUACCAGCAUUUUCUUACGCAAAGCUUUCUGGGAGACGAUGGCUCAUCGUAUGGAGUCUGGCAUAAAGAGAAACGAUCUCAUAGAUAUACUUAUCGAACUAAAAAAAACUUACGGUCAUCAGAAUAUAGGCGAAUUCAAAUUUGAUGAUGACGACCUAGUAGCGCAAGCAGUCAUUUUUUUCCUUGGUGGUUAUGAACCUUCUUCGUCAAUGAUGGCUUUUACUUUGUACGAACUCGCAAUACAUCCAGAAAUUCAGGAUAAACUUAGGAAGGAGAUUCAUAAUGCGCUUGACGAAAACGAUAACAAGAUCACAUAUGACAUGGUAUUAUCGCUACCGUAUCUCGACAUGGUGGUAUCCGAAGAACUAAGGAUGUACCCGACAUUGCCGUUCUUGGAUCGCGUGGCAACGCAGACUUACAAGAUGCCGAAUUCUGAUCUAAUUCUUGAGAAGGGUACGCCAGUUUAUAUAUCGAUGCUCGGCAUGCAUUAUGAUCCCGAAUACUUUCCCGAUCCGCAUAAAUUCGAUCCGGAGCGAUUCAAUGAAGAGAACAAACGUAAUAGACCGUCAUGCGUCUACUUUCCAUUCGGAGAAGGCCCACGCGCAUGCAUAGGUACUCGUUUGGGAUUAUUGCAAGCGAAACUUGGGCUUAUUACAAUUUUGAACAAAUACGAAUUUACACCCAGCGAAAGAACUUUGAUACCAAUGGUACUUAAUCCAAAAGGUACUUUGACGUCACCAAUAAAUGGAGGUGUAUAUCUUAAUAUCCAAAGAAUUAAUAGUUACAUUCGAAAGUCAAGAGCAUACGUGUCAGCAUUACACUUAGACGUUGGAUUAAUCAUUUUAUUUAGAUACAAGUUGUGUAAAAUGGCGUUUAUAAUGCCCUACUGGAGCCUGGAUGGCAUGAUAAUUCUAACAUCUCUUGCCAUAAUGGCUUACCUUUACAUGACGCGCAAGUUCAACUAUUGGAAAAAACGUGGGGUUUCGGAAAUAUCACCAAUACCUUUCUUGGGCAAUUUUGCGGAAUGUAUAUUUAGGAAAAAAACACCGGGAAAUCUACUAAAGGAGUUUUAUGAUCAAGCAAAGGGGCAACCUUACAUAGGUUUCUUUAUUUUUGAUAAACCCUACUUGCUGAUUUGCAAUCAAGAACUCGUCAAAAACAUCUUAUCGAAGGACUUUAAUCACUUCUGCGACCGAUAUUUAACGCCGCAUGUAAAUGAUCGUCUAGGUUAUGCAAAUCUCUUUUUCUUAAAAAAUCCAACAUGGAAAAUGCUGAGAUUGAAAAUGACACCGUUCUUUACGCCCAGCAAAAUAAAGAAGAUGUUAUAUUUAAUAGAGGAAUGUGCCAACAAUGUAAUCGAGUAUAUGGAUUCACUGAAUUUGGAAAAUAAAGGAAAGAUAGUGGAGGUAAAAGAAUUAUUUACCAAAUUUUCUACGGAUGUGAUUGCCAGCACCGCUUUUGGACUCAACACGAAUUCUUUUAAGGAUUCGGACAUCGAGUUUUAUAAGUGCGGCAAAAUGAUCUUUGGAAUUGAACGCAGUUUUGAGUUUUUCACGACACUUUACAUGCCAACUCUAGCUCGUUUGACUGGCUUAACAUUUUUCGGCAAGCAGAAUGAUGCAUACCUGAGUAAGGUUUUCUGGGAAACGAUUACUCGACGCGAGAAAUUCGCCGAGAAGAGAAACGAUCUGAUCGAUAUUCUUAUCGAAUUCAGGAGAAAUUACGGCGAUAAAGACAUCGAUGGAUUUAAGUUUAAUGAAGACGAUCUACUAGCACAAGCAGCACUUUUCUUUGCGGCCGGUUUUGAAACCUCCGCGACAACAUUGAGUUUUGCGUUGUACGAACUCGCAUUGCAUCCUGAAAUACAUAAAUUGCGGAAAGAAAUUCUUCAGGCGCUUGUUAAAUUUGAUGGACAAAUUACAUACGAAAUGAUCACAUCGCUUUCGUAUCUCGAUAUGGUGUUCUCUGAAACUUUGAGAAUGUAUCCGCCAGUAGAAUACCUACAACGUAUCACAGUUGAGACUUAACCGAACUACAACCUCGUAUUUGAAAAAGGAACACCAGUUUUCAUCUCGGUACGCGGUUUGCAUUACGAACCAAAAUACUUUCCCAAUCCGUAUAAAUUCGAUCCAGAGCGAUUCAAUGAGGAGAAUAAAUUUGACAGGCCAUCAUACGUUUAUAUUCCAUUUGGAGAAGGUCCGCGUGCAUGUAUAGGCACUCGUUUGGGACUUUUAGAGAUGAAACUAGCAUUCGUAAAAAUUUUGAGCAAAUUUGAAGUGUCGCCAUGCGAAAAGACUUUAAUACCAAUGAAACUUGAUCUUCGUACAACUUUAACAAUGCCCUUAGAUGACGUAAUAUACCUCAAUAUACGGAAAAUUAAUACUGAAGAAUUGCAAAUAAUGUAACCUAAAAAUAAUUAU